CAGAUAAUGUCAUGUCUGGCAUUCGUUGAUGGUAAAUCUGCACCGGUGUGAUAAUUCGCUUAUAUUCGGUGCAUGAUCGAGUAUAAGCACAAAAUGAGUGCAAGUGUAGGAUUUAAUUCAUCUCUCAAUUUAGGGAGAAAAGCGAUACAGCUACGAUGUGUUCAGGUAUCGCAAAUGCGUUUCCGUCGCAUUCAAACGCGAAACCCACCGGAGCCUCAUUUCGAUCGAAAAGCGAUGCUUGAAGUUUGUAAACCCAUUAUCCCUCCAAAAGAGAAAGUCUGCGGCCACCUUAACCGUGUCGAACGUAUUUACGAGCCUCACCCUUGGAACGUCCUUAAGGCUAAAAGACUUCGAGCAAAUCUUGAAGAGGCCUCAAUGAUUUUGUUCUACCACAAGAAUUCGGUCAAACGUGAAGACGAUUUUAAAAUCCAUAACAUGCUUUUCAAAAAGAAGCUUUAUUUACAAACUAACAUUUCUAACGAGGUAACUCGUCUGGCUAUAAAAGACACCUUUCUAGCUAACGCCACUCCAUUUACCUUCUCGAAGAACGCAAUCAUCAUUUCACCCCACAAGAAUAUCACGGUAGCAAUAGAGCUUCUGAAAAAGAUGCCUCAGUAUAUACUUUUAGCUGGUGUAAUCGAUAGAAUUUUCUUGUCACGUGACCAGCUACAGUGGUUGGCCACGGUCCCGUCAAUAGAGUUCGUACAGGCUAUCACUGCCAAACUUUUGGCUACGCACUCACAAAACUUAUGCUUCAACCUGAAUCGACAUCAACUGAGACUUUCAAAUUUUCUUGCGGAGCAUUCGAAGACGGCUUUCACCACCACAGCUUCAUCGCCUACAGCUACUACUGGAGCACCGCCGCAGGCUUAAAAACGUCUGCUAUUGAAUAGAAGCCUAGUAGGGACAAGGACAGGAAAGAAUAACUUACAGAUAACAGAUGUCAAUGUAUAGAAUAUUUUGUAAAAUUAAUAAGACAUAAGUUAUCAUAAUCUUCAUGAUUUUUAUGACAUGGGUUCGACCGAACACUUAUAGCAAUACGGAAUAAGUUAGAGCACUACAUUUUAGAAAAAAUCCUACUAAACAAAAAUAAAACUACAAUUCGAUAGCUAAA